AUGCCCAUUCCCUCCUCCGCAUAUUCUCCACCCUCCUUCCUUCCCACGUUAUAAUUCAUCCUCCGUCUCCCCUCUCUCCUCCUCCUCCUCCUCCUCCUCCGCCUCCCUCCUCCACGUACCAACAAUUCAAAAUGAAAUUCGGAAAGAGUUUAAGCAAUCAGAUCGAAGAAACUUUGCCUGAAUGGAGAGACAAGUUCUUGUCUUACAAAGAACUCAAGAAACGGUUGAAGCUUAUUACACCACCAGACAAAUCCCUCGAUGACUGUAAUAGGCCACCCAAGAGGCCUCGGGUUUCCUGCCAAGACUGUACCGUCGUCGCUUGUGUUGGUGAUGAAAAGAUGUCCAGAGAAGAGGUUGAUUUCGUUGAGUUGUUGGAGCAGGAAGUUGAGAAAUUCAAUUCCUUCUUCGUUGAGAAAGAGGAAGAGUACAUCAUCAAACUCAAGGAAUUGCAGGAUAGUGUGAUGAAAGCCAAGGAUUCAAAUGAAGAGAUGAUUAAGAUACGAAAAGAAAUAGUUGAUUUCCAUGGAGAGAUGGUUUUGUUAGAGAAUUAUAGCGCUCUUAACUAUACAGGAAUAGUGAAGAUACUGAAGAAGUAUGAUAAAAGAACUGGAGCUCUCCUCCGUUUACCUUUCAUUCAAAAAGUUUUACAACAACCAUUCUUCACCACAGACUUGCUAUACAAGCUAGUGAAGGAGUGUGAGGCGAUGCUAGACCGCCAUUUCCCUCUAACUGAUCUGUCAGCUCCAUCUGAUGAAGCUGGAGGUGAUGCUAGUGGUGGCGGUGGCGGCGGCGGCGGUGGAGACGACAUGGGACCUAGCACCAGUGCAGCCACCUGUGAAGGACCAGUAAAAGCUAAAGAACUUGCUGAGCUCGAGUACAUGAAGAGCUUGUACACAAAGAGCACCAUUUCAGCUUUGAGGGCUUUGAAAGAAAUCCGAAGCAAGAGCUCCACGGUUAGUGUGUUCUCGUUGCCACCUUUGCAAGUUAGUGGAAUAGAGGAAACUUGGAAUAAGCUUCCUCUUCAUGAGCAACUAGCAAAAUAGCAUGUGUUUUAGGGUCAAUCGUUGCUUCGAACACGAAUUCUAUUUUUACAUGUUUUAAGCGGAUGCACAAAUCGCGUGCUUCGUUUUUAGAUGCUAGCUAUGGUUGUAAUAUACUUGGAUAAUGAUAAUUAAUUAACAACACAAGUUUUGUACCUUCUGUCUUCCCUUUUCUACCCUUGAAGACUAUCCUUGUUUAGGGUGUUGUAAAGGUUAAUGAUUGUAAUCAAAGAUGGUAUUUUCAAGUUUCAA